AUGGAAAAGAAAGUAUUAUUUAUAAGACAUGCAGAAUCUGAAUAUAAUUUAGCUUAAAGAAUUGCAAAGAAUUCAGAUAUUGAAGUAAAGUUAGAAGAAGAAGAUUAAAAUGUGAAAUAUUCAUCAAAAUUAUGUGAUGCUCCUUUAACUAAAUUUGGAAGAGAAUAAGUAUUUACUGAAAUCAAUUAUUAAACUUACAUAGUGUGAUCCAACUAAAUUUGAAGAUCUUAGAAUUGAAACAGUUGUUGUAAGUCCACUAAAAAGAGCUGUAGAAACUGCUGUUUUACUCUUUUAAGAUCAUUCUAAUAAACCAAAAUUUGUUAUUGAACCUUACUUGCGUGAAAUGUUUCUUUCAGCAUGUGAUUUUGGUGUGAGAUUAUAAGAAACUAUGAAUGAAUAUUCAUUCAUUGAUUAUAAAAGAUUAUUAUCGAACCAAAUUAUUUAAUAGCAUCCAAAUAUGUGGUCUCUUGAAUUUAUUUAUAAUUAAAAUAGAGCAAACCUUCUCAAAUAAUAUAUUCAUGAGACUGAAUAUGGAAGUUAAGCUUGUAUUGAGAAGGUUUUAGAAUACAUGAAAUAACAUCCUAUUGAAGUUGAAACCUUUGAAGAAAAUACUAAAAGAGUAAAUGAAUGCAAGAAAUACCUUCAAUUUGAAGAACCUUUUGUUUGUGUUUCUCAUUCGAGAACUAUACAGACUUUAACAGGAUAAUUCAUACAUAAUUGUACUGGAAUUGAGGUUAAUUUAUGAAGAG